GGAGAAGCAGAAAAAAAAAUCAUAUACAGUGUUCAUAAGGAGGGAACUCCUUUAGUGAGACGCACACACACACACACACACACACACACACACAGAGAGAGAGAGAGAGAGAGACACUGAGAGAGACACACACAGAGAGAGACACAGAGAGAGAGACACAGAGCGAGAGAGACACACACACACACAGACACACACAGAGAGAGAGAGAGAGAGAGAGAGAGAGAGAGAGAGAGAGAGAGAAUUUCCAGCUGAUCACAGGAAAGCAGCAGUAGCAGCAGCACUCGGAUCGGCUGCAUCCUGGAUCCUGCGGUGUGGUCAUGUCUGGAUUCUUUCUACCUGUGCUGUUGCUCCUCCCCCUGGUGGCCUCUGUCCCCUCCCCCUCCAGGUCACCACCCAAAUACUGCCGCAGGUGCUGCGAUCACCUGGAUCCGCCCCUCAGCAACUCACCCCGUCCCGUGGCCUAUCAAACACCAGAGGUUCGCACGUUCAUUAACAUGACCAUUCUCAAAGGAGAUAAAGGCGAUCGAGGUGAGAGAGGUACUCCGGGUAAGGCAGGAGCAGAAGGUCCUCCAGGUCCCAGAGGCACCAUUGGCCUUAAAGGCAGCAAAGGGCAGGCUGGGGCUCCAGGAGACCCCUGCAAGACACAGCACUCGUCUUUCUCGGUGGGCCGCAGGAAGGCCCUCCACAGCGACGACUAUUACCAGGCACUGCUUUUUGACACCGUCUUCGUCAACCGUGACGAACACUUCAACAUGUUUAAAGGCAAGUUCUACUGUUAUGUACCGGGUAUUUACUUCUUCAACAUCAACAUCCACACGUGGAACUUCAAGGAGACCUAUCUGCACCUGAUGCAGAAUGAACAGGAGCAGGUGAUCCUGUAUGCGCAACCCAGUGACCGCUCAAUCAUGCAGAGCCAGAGCGUCAUGCUUUCUCUUGAGCUUAACGAUGAAGUCUGGGUGCGCCUCUUCAAGCGCGAGCGUGAGAAUGCCAUUUACAGCGAUGACGUUGACGUCUACAUCACCUUCAAUGGCUACCUGGUGGUUCCUGCCGUAUAGAAAUGGCGUCGCAUGGAUGGUUUCCCAAUACUGAGAGAGGGAAUUAUGGAUUAAGGCUUCUCUCAGGGAAAGCAUGUGCCAAUGGAGUUCUCUGAAGAGGAAGGAAGCAGUGCUAAUUUAAUAAUAACAAUGCAUUAGGUACAUUUAGCUGACAGAUGAUUAACAUAUUGGUGCUAAAAAUAGCUGACUCGCUAACAAUUUGAUUUGGUACCUUUGGUACCCUUUUAACCCUUUAGUUUUUUGAUGUGUUAAAUAUGAUUAAUUUGGCUGCAGAGCAGCUUCAUUAACUUAUCAAUGGGCAAUACUAUGCAGAAUAUCUUUUAAAUCUUCUCAGAAACUUCUUCUGAGCACAGCAUUGCACAUUGUGAAAGGAAAUCAGGUCACCUGUACUGUAUCUGUCCUUCCAAAAAAAACAAAAAAAACCUCACUUCCUGAAAGAGGGUUGACUGGAAAAUACUCCAGACUUACAUAAGCAUUUGGCUUGGAUCAUCGUCUUUACUUUUUUACCAUGUUUCUGGAACCAGCCUGGUCUGAGUAAGAGCUUAUGUUUGUUGAGGUCUUAGCUUAUACCAGCUGGACAGGCUUUUUGAGUGACAUUAACACCUUAUCCAGAGUGACAGGAGUGAAGGCGCAGCAACAGUAAUACCUAGGCAGGAACCAAAAACUCCAUCCAUCCUGCUAACUUUCAAAAACGCAAUGAAAAAAAAUCAAUCCAUUUUCGGGGUCAUAAGCAAUCCAAUUUUCUUUUUAGCAUAAAUGCAUAAAUGAGGGAUUAGAUAGUUGGCAUGUGGUAAAGGAUGAAUACAUUAUGAAGAUAUAUGGUUAGAUGAGAUAUAUCAACUUAUCCCAUUCCCUUUAAAAAACUGUGUGUACACUGUUGGUGUAAUGACAUACGAUUGGAUUUCAGUUAUAUAUUCGCUGGUAUAAAUGACCAGUGGCCUGCAAUGUCAGUCAGCUAGCUAUUUAUCAAUAACUAUAACAAUUAUGUUUGCGGUCUUUUGGUGCAUUAUCACAGGUUUUCCAAUGUAGGUCCUAGCUAAAGCCUUGUAUCCAUUUAAUUGGUUUUUAAAGGAAAAAGUCAUUAAAUUAACUCUCUUUAAUUAGAUGUUGAUGUUAGGAGACUUAAAUAGUGUAUAAAUCAGAAAAAUACUAUUACCCUUGCAUCUGUACUAAGUCAGUAAUAUUAUUACAAUUUUGGUCCAAAGUGGUUUAAAUAUCCCGGUAUUGGCAGCUAUUGAUUGUCACUCCUCUUUCUGCACUCAUAUCAGCUUAGGCAUUUUUAUGAUGACCAUGAAAAUAGCAAUUGUGCAAGAACAAGAAAAUUUGGCUGAUGCCCAACCAAAUUAGCAUUACGGAUGUGAUACACCACUUGCCCUUGUACAAAAAAUGAAUCCUGAAAGCUUUUAUACCCGCUCUGUGUGUUAAGAUAAUGCAGCCUGAUGGAUUCAUUUUAACAUGAUUUAGCACUUAAGUAUGACAAAAGGAGGUUUUAUGGUAAAAUGGCCAAAAAAGAAUAGGCAACUGGCAAUCAAUUUGAAACAGUCUUGCACAGUAAAUAUGCUUUUCUGACUCAUGUGUAAAUGCACCCCAUUACUCAUGAUAGCAUUGUGUAAAGCUCAUGUCACAUUGUGGAUUGCGAGGAUGGAGGAUGGUACGGCAUGAACUAAGGGUCAGCAGAACGUCGAGGAAAUAAACAGAAUAGUGUAAAAGUGUCUAAACUGAGCUGUCUUAAUACUGUAUCACUCAUUUUGAUUGGAGCUGAAAGAAAAGAGGCCACCCAUCUGUCUCUGGAAGGAAACCCAGCUGCAUUAGACCUGCUAUGUUUAUAGACACCAGAAACAGGAAACCAGACCAGCUAUCUGUAAUCACAACCAGAGUCAAGUCAGUGAGAGAGAGAGAGAGUAAUGAAGGACAUUGGGGUGGGUCCUUGCUCGAAAUAAAUCACACAUCACUUGUUUUUUUUUUGUUUUUUUAACACUACAUAAUAAAGCAGCCUGCUGUCAGAACCAAUAUUAGUCACUAAUACAGCCAUACAGCCAAGAACAGUUGGUAGAGGCCAAAAAAGUGUGUAGGUUGGAAUUAUUUUUGCUGUUAAAGACAUUUUUAACAUCUAAAAUGGCUAGUUCUGGACAGAGAAGACCACUCUUGGCUGGUGCAGACUUAAUUCAACACAGAUGUUAUUUUACAGUAUAAACAAUUAAACAAAGGGCUACAAGAAGGUCACGGUGAGACAGAGUCUACAGAAAACUCCAAACAUUUGGAUCUUCUUAAAUUUUCCCCACUGUAUAAAUGUGGUUUUAAUUGUAUUGAGGAGGUUUACAGUGUUUGUUGAUUUUGGAUCGGUUUUCUGCAUGUAUGUGUGCGAGUCUGGGUUUUGUUUAGUCUUGAUUUCCAGGUUGUUUUGCAGCUGUAACCUCAAACUCAGGCCUUUGACAACUAUAGAUAUAGCAAGUCUCUGACUGAAACACUAUUGAGUUCCUGUGUUUGUCUCAGGCACUGCCAUGUGACACAGUUAUAUUCGUUUCACAGUGCAACUAGAAAAAUCUUCUACCAUCAAAAACCUUAACCACAACAAGGCCUCAGAGUGAGGCUAGUAUUGGCUGGAGUUAGGGCAUCACAAGAAAAUCCAAAUUACAUGAUUUUAGGUGAUCCUACAAUCAAAAACCUGACUCUGGGUGAGGUUAGUGUUAGCUUGAGUGAGGAUAUAACAAGAAAAUCCAUCAUAUGAGAUUUUCAGGUGAUCCGACAAUCUGAGCAAGGCAAGCAUUGUCUGGAAUCUGUAUAUUACAAGAAAAUCCUUCUUCAGGUGAGAAUGCUGUCAAAAACAUGCGUCAAAGUAAGGCUAGUAUUUUCUGUAGUUAGCAUAUUACAACAAAUUCCAUGUUCAGGUCAUUUUAUCAUCAAAACUUGCCUCAGAGUGAGGCUAGUAUUCGCAUAUAAUUUAUGAGAUUUCCAGGUGAUUUUGCUAUCAAAACUGACCCGGAAUGUGGCUAGUUUUGGCUGAAGUUAGCAUAUCACAAGAAGGUUAAUAUAAGAUUUUCAGGUGAUUUUACCAUUUGAUUCAGAAUAAUUGCUAAUAAUUGGCUAUGGUUAGUAUAUGACAAGAAAAUAAAUUUCAUUAGAUUUUCAGGUGAUCCUAUUAUCCAUGAAAAUUGACUCAGGGUAAGGCCAGUAUUUUCUGCAGUUAGUAUAUUACAAGAAGAUCCAUUUCAAAUAAUAAUACUAUUAAAACAUGUCUCAGAGCGAAGUUUGUAUCAGCUGGAGUUAGCACAAGAAUGUUCAUUUAUGAGAUUUUCAGUUGAUCCUAACAUAAACAACAACAACAACAACAACAACAACAACCUGGCUCUAAGUGGGAUUAGCACUGGACUUCUCAAAUAACACAAAAGUCAAUUUAUGAUAUUUUCAAGAGAUCCUGCAAUCAAAAACCUGAGUCAGAGCGAGGCUAGUAUUUUCUGGAGUUAGUAUAUUAACAGAACACCCAUUUUCAGGUUACAGUACUAUCAAAAACAUGCCUUAGCUUCCAUUACUGUAUGAGAAGAAAGAUUAUUUAUGAGAUUUUUAGGUGUUUUUGCCAUUGAAAAACUGACUCAGAUUAAGGCUAGCAUUGUCUGGAGUUGAUAUAUUACAAGAAUUUUUUUUAGGUGAUCAUACUAUCAAAAACAUGAUAUGGGGUGAGGCUGGUUGUUAAUUGGAUCAAACAUUUGACAGGGAGACAUUACAAUGCUAACAUUAAAGUAAGCUGUUACAUCCGAAUACAGUUUAGCAAACAUGGCUCAUAUACUUUAACCUUCCCAGCAGAGUUUCUAGCUCCACCAAAAUCUGCUCCAUUCUACAGCUAAUCCAGAUGUUACCAUGGACGUUCAGAUGACUGGAAUUAAACAAGGCAAAGGUCUAAUGUCAACCUUGGAGAACUUAACACAGAAGGCAUGAAGUUGUUUAUAUUUCUGACCCAAUGGUUUGACUUGUCUUUAAAAGUAAUUUUUUAAAUUAAGGUAAUAUUUUUUUACGACCUUCUAUCAGGAACUGAGAGUGUCAUAACAGCUUGCCUGUCACACCGAGCCUUUCCAUACUGCGUUUCACACUUGAGCAAAUUACAUAUGUCAGCCGUUGAAAUUACAUCAUGUUUGCAAUUACAAAAAAUUUGUUCAAGCUGGGACAUAAACACCUGGUGUUCUCCAGGUGUUUCUGAUGCUGGGCCUGAAAUUGGUGCUGUAUUAUAAAGGUGCUGAAUUAUAGGUUUACUGGCAAAAGUGCACUUUUUUUGUAUACAUGAAUAUAAAUAUUGCUUGUAUUAUGUAAAUAUUUUUUUUAUGUACCAAAUAUCACUAUUAAAUUCUGCAGCAAAGUGA